GCGGGUUGAAACUCUUACCCAUUCUUCACAGGCUCUUCUGCUAAUCCUAAAAGCCUACCACAACAUCCACCCUCUGGAAUAUCGCAACAUUAAUUCCAGUGCCUGAAAAACCCUGACCCACAGAAUUCAACCAUCACCGCCCCAUUGCCCCACAUCUAAUGAAUGCAUGGAUGAAAUAGGGCCUUUGGAGUGGGAUACCCAUUCCCUCCUGAGCAGGGCCGUCACUGACAUUUUGGGGGGCAGUACGAGAACAAACACCCCCCGGUUAUAAUGAUAACCGAUGAACUUGGAUCUGAUAUUUACAAUGAUAUUUAUAGUUAAACUAAAUAAGCAGUAGUAAAAAAUACAACAAAAUUACUAUUAUGGAAAAGAAAAAGCCCAAAAAAGGACAAAGGUCUUUAGGAGGUUAUUUUGGGCCAGAGGAGAACUUUAGCCAAUGAGGGCAAAGGGGCAGGAGCCCGGGCCCCUGAGGGCCCCCUCCUGUCCGCUCCUGAGGCUGUAUCUGGUGAUGAUGAUGAUGUACUGUCAGGGUGAGCCAUAAAGCUGCCCUACACAUCACCCUGAACAGAGGGAGAAGGAGAGAAAGAGACACAGAAGACGUAAAGAGAGAGGAGCUAUUGUCAAGCUCUCUAACAUCAAUCAAACCAUGGACUCUAACACGACUAUUGUGAGGCCAGCAUACUUCAUUAUCAUGGGCUUUUCAGGCAUCCCUCAUGUUAACUACUACUAUUUCUUUUUACUGGUGCUGUACAUCAUGUCAGUGGUGGAAAACGGGUUAGUGAUGGCCUUGAUCUGCUUAGACCAGAGUCUCAAGACUCCAAAGUAUAUUGCUGUGUUUAACUUGGCGUUUGUAGAUGUGCUCGGAAACUCUGCCCUGGUGCCCAAGGUUAUCGACACCUUCUGGUUCGACCACAAAAAAAUCACUUACAGCAACUGCUUAACCUAUGAGUUUUUUAAUUUCUUGACCCUCACCAUGCAGUCUCUUAAUCUGGUUGUACUCUCUUUCGACAGGUUAGUGGCAAUCACAUUUCCAUUGCGUUAUCAGAUCAUUGUGAGUCUGAAGAACAUGUUCUCACUGGUGGCCUCUCUCUGGAUUUUUGCGCUUCUUGGGAACCUGAUGGCUGUAGGACUCCUAACCCGGCUGUCCUACUGCAGGUCUGUUGUUAUCAACAGCUAUUUCUGUGACCAUGGGCCUCUUUAUAAACUAGCCUGUAAUGACAAUCAGCCUAAUUUUAUACUUGCCAAAUUGUUAACAACUGUUAUUCUUUGGGUUCCAUUGCUGUUGAUCUUGAUCACUUACAUGUGCAUUGGCGCAGCUUUGGCCAAAAUAGCCAAAGCCAAGGAUAGAAUGAAGGCUUUUAAAACAUGCAGUGCUCAUAUAAUGUUGGUGGCUAUUUAUUACUUACCUAUUUUAAUCGCCUUUUCUUUUGCCGCUAAAAUGCCUCGUAAUACACGGAUCAUUAACGUGUCUCUUACUGCUGUCCUACCUCCAGCGUUGAACCCACUCAUUUAUGUUUUACAGACUCAGGAAAUCAAAUUGUCCCUGAAAAAGGUUUUCAAAAGAAUUUGGCAAUCAAGAAUUGCUGUGUAAUAGAAUAUCAAAA